GCGGAGAGUGAGGAUGGCCGAAAGUUUCAUUUCUCUCGUUUCCAUUGUACCGUUGCGUUGUCGUUCGGUGUGUUUUUUUGCGUGAAAGUGACAAAAGGCAAAAAAUGGCAAAUGGCAAAAACAAAACGCGCUGAAAACGCCAGACGAUGCUGGUGAAAAUAGUUAAUUCCUAGUUGUUAGUUCAUAUAUUUUGUUCUGUUCGCAAUAACCGCUGUGCAAUAUACAUAAAUCAUUAGCCAAAAGGAAGGAGAAAGAGAGAGGGAGAGAGCGCGGACAAAACGUUGUAACGGUAGACGGAAACGGAAUAUUAGAAUAUAUAGAAAAUAUCGAUUGGAGCACUGGAUCUAACGGAAAAUCGGGCCAAAAUGGUGGGCCUACUUAAUCCGCUGAAGUACGGCGACCAUUUCUACGAGCUGUACACAAACAGCACGCGCAGAAAAAUGCAAAACGAUCGCAAGGUUUUAACGAAGCGCAAAAGUCGGAAGGACAAAUCGGCAGCUGCGAUGGCCGCAGCAGCUGCGGCGGCAGUUCUGGAGGGGAACGGGGGAGCAGGAGGACUGGUGAACCCACUGGAUCCGCCGCUGGUCAAGGAACAACUGAUGAUCCUGCCCUCGUUUCCGGUGGCGCACAUCGAACUCGAUCCGAAUGCGUCCAAGUUUGCGGUCUUCUCGGCAAUCAGAUCCACGGUCCUCGAGGCGGAGACGCGGUACGCCCUGUUCCAGGAGAACGGAGCAGCCGGUGGCCAGUCGGGUUCGGUGCAGAAGAAGUACGCCGGCAACGUGAACCCAUCCUGCUGCAUGAUGUGCGCCCACAGCUGCAUGGUUAGCAACAUCCUCGAUUGCCCCUGCCACGCCCAGUUGGCCAUGCACGGUGCCGUCGGUCCGGGCCAUGGAGCUCCAGGUGGCCCGGUCGGGGUGAUGAUCGAUGCCAGGAUACCGGCACCAGUGCCCGUUGUAGUCGGUGGUCCCGGCCUGCCGGCGGAGAAGCGACCGCGAAGGGAUAGCGCCAACAGCGAUGCGGAUUCGGACACGGAGGAGCCCACCGAACGGGAGCCCGUCUAUGCGACGGUUCCACUGAUUGUGGGAGCGGGACUGAGGAGCCUCUUCGAGCUGAUUGCCGAUGCCAGGCAUGUCCAUCCGCUGCUGUGCACCAAGGCACUGAAGGCCCUGCUCGACGUCAUCCAGGGCCAGCAGCCGGAGAGCUUCAAGUUGGAGCCCGAGGAGCUGAUCAAUCCGCUGUACGAUCUCCUGCUCGACUUGGCCACCAUGCCGGCGGCUCUCAGUUCGGCCACCGGUGCGGAGGCCAACUGGUCGGCCAUGGCCUGUGCCGCUCUCCUGGGACUCUGCAUCGCUCGUGGCGACACUGGGAAGAUGCUCAAGGCCAUCGCCGCCAUGCUGAUGACGCCGCGCCAGCUCUCCGCCCAGAUUGUCCAGCUGCCGGUCGUCCUGGCCACGCUCCAGCACACGGUGGUCAGUGCGGCGCUGAACAAGCCCACCCGCCCGGACUUUCACAGCCACGGCGUGCCGCUGAACUCCCUCAUCGAUGAGUUCCCCCUGAAGUUGCCGCCUUUGAGCACGGGUGCGCCCAUCACCUCGCCGGCGAUGGCUUGCGAUGGAGUGUUCGUGUACCUCCUGUACGGGGGAACGCUGCUGAAGAUCGGCACUGGCUUCGGGGGAUCCUACAAGGGACACAUCUACGCCCAGAACGAGGACUUCAGCCACGAGCGGAGUGCCUGGCUGGGUUACUCCGGCGGGCAGCUCUACUUCCGGCGCACCUGUCGGCGGAGUGCCGGCGAUCAGCUGCAGAUGGUGGGACUCGACACGCUGGCCAUCAAGGCGAUGAGUCCUUUGAGCAUGCUGCACAUGCGCGAAGGACUCAACUAUGUGCUCUUCACGGACGAUGACUCACUGCAUGCCAUCUGCAGCAAUCGUGAUGACACUCUGGUGGUGAAGAAGCUGAAUCUGUACCACAACAGCUACAACAUUGACCCGCCACCGUUCGAGCUGCCGCUUCAAUUGGCCCGCAAGAAGUUCCGAACACUGGGAUACGCGGCUUUCGAGGACGAGCUGCUCAACCAGUACCAAAUCCAGCGCAUCCAGUCGGCGCACAACAGCUUCGAACCGAAGUUACCGGCUCCGUGUCGCGACGCGGACGUGGAUGUGCUGGGGAUGGCGUGUGGCAAGGAGUUUGGCCUGGUGCGUGCCAGCAACGGAAGGGUCUACUACUACGGAAAGUCAGCGGCCUUGGGUCUCAAGUGCGUGGGUCGAACGCCCACCUUGAAGCUCACCGAAUUGGUCAUCUCCAAGGCGGCGAACAUCGUCCACGUGGCGGUGGGCCACGAUGGCAUUCAUGCGCUGCUCGUUAACGACGAUGGCACCGUCUUCUUUGCGGGAACAGCUCGUCGUGGCGAGGACGGGGAUAGCAGCAAGAAUCGCCGGCAACCGAAGGCCGUUAAGCCGAAGAAGAUGACCAAGAUCGAUGGCCAUGUGGUGGUGCAUGCCGCCUGCAACAAUGGCACCUCGGCAUUCGUGACCAAAACCGGCAAGCUAAUCAUGUACGGCAAGGAUACGGCUCACUGCGAUGCCAUGGGCUUUGUCAGCGAGCUGCUGGAUCAGCAUGUGACCAAGGUGGCGCUGGGCAAGGCCCACUGUGUGGCCCUCAAUGCCAAGGGACAGCUCUUCUCGUUUGGGUUGAACAACAAGGGCCAGUGCGGCAGGAUAUUCAACAAGCUGCAGCCGGUGAAGGAUGUGCCGCCGUUCGCCUCAUCCUCCACGGCGGCCGCCUGUUUUGCAUCGCUGCUGCCACUGGACAAGCGUCUCAAGCUGGACUUCUCCACGCUGUGCGACUACGACGACCACAAUCUGGUGCAGGGUCAGUGCCGGGUGUGUGUGAUCUGCAGGGAGUGCACUGGCUACAACGUGAGCUGUGUGUCCGCCCUGAAUGUUCCGCUGGAGCAACGUUUGGCGGGGAGCAUAUGCCCGUGUGGCCAUGGAGAUGCCGGGUGCGCCAAGUGCGGACUGUGCUCCGCUUGCAUUGCCCUGCAGGAUAGCGAUGAAGCCAAGACGGAGCUGAAACCUCCACCGACGGACGUGCAGCAGCGACAGCAGCGCUCGAAAACUCUGAUAAUGCGUCGCAAGGAGCGCAAGGGUGAACUGGAAACGGGAGCAGCGGGUGGCGGAGCUGCCACGCCCACGGAUCUGGACAAGGAUCCGCCGCGUGUGGCGCCACUGGCACCGCAACUGCUCCAGCUGACCAGCUCGUCGCCGGUGGUGCAAGUGGCCUGCGGUCUGCACCACACGGUGGUCUUGACGCUGGCCGGCGAAGUCUACACCUUUGGCAGCAAUCAGUACGGCCAGUUGGGCAGUGGCGACCUGCAGCCAGUUAGCGGACCAGUUCGCGUCCAGGUCUCGGGAGCCAUAAGCCAGGUGGCUGCGGGCAGUAACCACACCGUGCUGCUGACCUCCAAGGGCAUGGUCUACACAUUCGGCAACUAUCAGAAGGGACAACUCGGGCGAUUGCCCAGUGAUUAUGGACAGAAGCCGCCGCCGCAGGAGGAUGAUUCUCCGGGUGGCUUGGGUUCGGAUGGCGGACAAGGUGGAUCGCCCACAGUGGCGCCCGUGGGAAUGCCUGGACCGGAGCGAUCCCAAUCGCCAGCCAAUGUGCAACCGAGUGGAUCCAAGGAAAUGCCUCCCUUGAUGCCGGUGCUCACGCAGCGUCAGAAAUUCCUGUGGAACUGCUCGCCAGGAGCUGUUUUUGGACUGGGUCCGUGCUAUGGCAAAAAGGUGACCUGGAUUGGAGCCAAUGGCGAUCAGACCUUUAUCAAGAUCGACGAAUCCCUGAUCACAGCGCAAAUGCUGCCCAAAAUGCAUGUGGUGGCCAACAAGAAGACGAUAUUGUUGAUUCCCAGCAUUCCGCUGUCCUUCCACACGCUCUCCAUAAAUCGACGCGACGGAAGUUGCACCGCGCAUUAUCGCGGCCAAACGAACUUUGUGCAGCUGAUGCAGGCCCAGCCGGAGCAACAGCAGCCGGAGAUCAACUCGAAUGUGGACGUGGCAGUGACUCCGGUGGCGGAUUCACCGGCGCACGCCUCCACCUCCUCGCUUCUGACUGCGCUGACGGGAACGGCGACGGCGGGAGUGCCCAUCAAUGAGCAGAUGUCGCGCAGCAUGCACGAGGCACGCAACCAGAUCUUCGAGGAGCAGCCACCGGAUCUGGCAUCCUCGGCGGCGACGGGAUCGGCAGCCGUGACAGCGGGAUUGGUGGCUCCUCCUCCCGGAACUCCAGGCUCGGCUGCAGGAGGAUCUGUGCCAAGGACACGUCGUGGGGGAAAACAGGCAGCCAGUUCCCCGGACGGCAUUCCAUCGCCACCGCAGCUCGCCUUCACCAUGGAUCCCACCUACAAUGUCCUCUGGGUGUUCGAUGGAGCAGCCAGGAAGCUGCGGUGCCACAAUGUGGUGGCCAGCGAUAUCAACGAAGCGGAUGCGAAUGCUGCCACCUACCGAUCGCUGCUCUCGCCGGAACUAUCGCUGCCGGAUCGCGUGGACUCGCGUGUGGCGCGAUCGCAGGCCUCGCUGAACCUGCUGGCCUGCCUGGACAUCCUGACCUCCGCCCAGGACAACAUUCCCGGCUGCUUCGAGCAGCCGCUGCUGAAGCAAACGGCACAGACGGCGGAGACGCAGGCCGGGGAAUUCCAGGUGGUCAAUCGGUUCGAUAACUUCGGCGGCGGAUGGGGCUACUCCGGUCACAGCGUGGAGGCGAUACGCUUCUCGGCGGACACGGACAUCGUGAUCUGCGGCUUCGGGAUGUUCGGAGGUCGCGGCGAGUACAGCUGCAAGCUGAAGCUGUUCGAUUUGGGUGGCGAUGGCGGCGGCUACGAGAAGGAGGGCAUCCUGAUCAGCGAAACCAAGGAGGUGCCCUUCGAGUGCGGAGCGAGGAGCAAGCAUCACAUCCUGCUGCCCAAGCCAGUUAGUGCGGUGGCCGGAAGAUGGUAUUUGGUGUGGGCACGCAUUGCUGGACCCUCCUCCGAUUGCGGAUCAUGUGGUCAAGCCUCUGUAACCACCGAGGAUCAGGUGGUGUUCUCCUUCAAGUCCAGCAAGAAGGCCAACAAUGGCACGGAUGUGAACUCUGGACAAAUUCCAGCCAUCCUCUAUCGAUUGGUUACCCAGGAUUGCAAGCAAACGCCGGCGCAAAUGGACGCCGAUCCUGUCCAGCGGAUCUCGAGGGCAUUCGCCAAUAGUGUGAGUCGCGAGUGCUUCGAGAGUCUGGUGGUGCUGCUCAGUUGGUCCUGGGAUUGCUUCAAGCUGCAGUUGCGCGAGGAACGGGAUCGAUCGAGGCCACUGCAACUGCAGCAAUCGCUGCAGUACCUCGGCUAUGUGAUCAAGUCCUGUCUGCGACUCCUGCGCAAGUACACCAAUGAGAUCUACCCGCAGCGCAGCUCCUCCUCAUCGCAGACGUCCCACGGUGGUGGCAGUUCAAGCCAGAGCAAUGGACUGGCCGCCUCUUCCCUCAACAAAAUCCAAUCCAAGGCAAACAAAGACAAGAAUACCCCGCGGGUAAUGGGCAAUGCAGCGGUGAUGGCCAAGUAUUUUGGCGACCAAUCGCCAUCGGUGGCACCUUCCAUGAUCGGCAGCGGAGGCGCUCCAUCCACUUCGGCCUCGGCAGCUGUGGCUGCGGGCAGUGGAACUCCGAUGACCCGAAAAACGAACAUGGAGAACAUCCAGUUGGCGGAGUGCAUCGGCAAUGUUAGAGCCCUGCUCAUUGGAAUCUUCUGCGAUGAUAUAUUCAAGGACAUAGCCACGGAUGAAGGCUACGAACUCUCGCUGGAGAUCCUGGACGAGUGCCACCUGAGCUUCGUGGCCUGCUUCGAUGCCUUCUACCCGACCUCCUCGCUGAAGUGGAACUGCCUGUGCGAUCUGCUGGCCCAGAUGGACCGAGGAGCCCUGCACUCCCGUUUGCUCAGUGCGAUUCUCGCGGGACUCUGUUCACCUUCGGUGAAAUUGAGGGCCACCUUUUCGCUGCUCAGUGCGGCGGGCAACGAACGCCAGUCGAUCAUCAGUCCCAGCGACAAUUCCGGACUGCCCAUGCUCUCCUCGACGGACGCGCAUCCGUAUCCCGUGCUGGUGGAGCAGAUGAUCUACCGAACGCAGCAGGAGAAGAGCGACUUCCUCAGCAACUCCUGGACAUUCAAGGAUGUACUUGUACGUCUGCUGGACAUAAUUGCCAGUCCAAUACGUUCGCGCAUCGAGGCGAUUUAUAGCAGGAGCUUGGGAAGUCUCGGUGGCAGCUAUCCGGGUGCCAAGGAGUGCGUCAAUCAGGGAUUAAUAGACAACUGUUGCCAUCUGUUGGCCCGCGUUCUGGCGGAGAUUGUCUACCAAACGGCGAUGGGCGAGUACGACAAGUUGUUCAUGCCACCGAGAACGCUCCAUUCCACGGGAGCUCGUUUCGCCCGCUGCGAUGUGAGUCGCACUUGGAACACUGGCAACUUUGGACCCGAUGCCAUCGCCUUCGCUGUGGAUCGACCGGGAGUGGCCAUCGCUGGCGCCAUGGUUUACUCCGGAUCCGGGAGCUAUGACUAUCAGUUGGAGUUGCUGUACGAUAAUACCGCCGAUCUGCAGCCGCAGCACAAGUGGGAGACCCUUGAAUCGGUUUCGGGAACCUACGAUCAGGAUGCGGUGCACAACGAUCUGGCGGAGAUCAAGUUCGAUCAUCCAGUGCACAUCAAGGAGAAUGCUCGCUAUGCUUUAAGAUUGUGUUCCCAGGGAGCGCGCACUUGCUCGGGGGAUGCGGGAAUGCCGGCGGUUCGAGGACCUUGUGGCGCCCAGUUUCACUUCUACGCCUGCGAUCUGAGCUUCAAUGGAACCACUCCGGCGCGAGGACAACUGCCCUGCAUCCUCUACUACAGCACACCGAUGAAGCAGGAUGGAAAUUCCGCGAGCGGAAGAGAUGGAACUGGUGGUGCGACGCACCUGGAGGAUCGAAUGAUGCUCCUCGGACCGCAUGAGGUGUCCACCAGGGAUACAGCUCUCCAAAUCGCCGCUGAUAUCACCAAGAAGUGUACAGAGCUCUUGAUUCUGGCACGAAAUGCCAUGGCCGCCUCGUGUUCGCCAUCGGAUAACAGUUCCAAUCACACGCAGACCAUCGAUUCGGAGCACAAUAUCACGCCCAUCGAGGAGCACAUGGACAUCAAUUGGGCGAACAAUUCCCGGACAGCUGCUCUGCCAACCGCAGUGGAUCCGCAGUUGUCCACCGCUCGCGAUUUGGGGAAGCGCAUCGAGUCCUUCUCGAAGGGUCUGAUGGAAACCCUCAAGUUCGACAAGCGAUCCACGAAUCCCUUCGAGAUGGAAAUCGAGAUUGGAGCCACCGAAGUGGAGGAGUCGGCGGAUCUGCGCAAUGGCCAAAGUCAAAGCCAGAGUCAGAGUCAGAGUCAGAGUCAAAGUCAGAGUGUUCCGAUCAAUGGGAAUGAGAGAACCACGGACUUCGAGGUGGCGGAACAGCCGGCACAGCAAUCGCAGUUAACCCAACAGCAGGUGCACUCCGAUUCGGAGGAGGCUCCUCUCGAGGUGGCCGGAAUGGCUGCCGGUGGAGAGAGCGUGGCUGGUGGAUCCGCCGCCGGAGGAGUUGGCAGUCAAGUGGCUGCAGUGCAGCUGCUGGAGGUCUUCAAUCUGGCCGCCUCGAAUAUGUUCCACACUCUGUUGCCACUGGUCUACGCACACAUUGCGAAUCUCGCCUGCAGCGAUCCCAAGAGCUCCGUCCAGAUACUUGGCCUGAUCAAGGAGAUCCUGCCGCACAUCGCUGCCCUCAACCAGUUGCACGUCGCCAAGGAUCAACGGCAACCGGAACCGGCGGUCUUUGCCACCCAGAGCUCCAAUUCGGGUGGUUCCGGUUCGAGCAGCACCACCAGCAACCACUACUGCGUGGUGGAGAGCGAUCAUCCGUACAAGAGCGCCAGCAUCAGUAGCUAUCGCGUGGAGUUCCCGCCGUGCGUCCAGUGGCUCACCAUCGAGUUCGAUGCGCAGUGUGGCACCGCUCAGCUGGAGGAUUACCUGCUCCUCUCCAUCCCAAUGCGUCCGGCAUCGCAGGCUGCUCCCGUUCCACAUGCAGAUGAUUAUCUCGAGCAGGCGGACAACCAUGUCGGUGGAUUGGCGGACAGGAGACGAGCGGCGGGAGGUGGAAUCGGUGGCAUCGGAGGGGGAGCGUGUGGCGGUGGAGCAGCGGCGGGGAACUCGCACCAGCGAUCCGCCAGCGUCCAGUUGACCAUGGCCAGUUGCUGCCGCAGUCCGGGCGGCGGGAAUGCUCCGGGAUCCGCGCAAACGGCCAGCAGCACUCCCUUCCGCAGCCAUGAUCCCAACGACAGGGAGUGGAUUGUGGUCAAGAAGUUCAACACAGCCUCCACUUGGUUGCACAAUGUCCUAAUCCUGCCCGGCAAUUGCGUGGAGUUCUCCUUGGAAACGGCCUCACUUUAUGCCCAGGAUCCGCACAACAAUCGAUAUGGCUUCAGGUGUUUGGUGGUGGGCUAUGACAAUCCCACAUCGAUCAAUGCCAGCAACUCGUGUCUGAUUCGAUUGGAACAGGAGUUGGCUUACUUGGGAGGCAUGUGCAGUGCCAAUCUGAUGAAAAAGGAACUCAACUUGCCAGAUGACAAGGACGUGGAGGACAUGAGUGGCAUCGAGGAGACCAUCAACGCCCAUCACACCCUGCUCUCUAAAGGAUUUGCGCUAUCGGAACCCCAGUUGACCGUGCACCAGGCCUUGGAGUCCUAUUUACCCAUCGGAUCCCAGUCGAAUGAGCGUCAAUUCCUGAAGGACUUCAUCAGCGGGGCGCCAGGAUCAUCGGGCGCCCGUUUGGCUGCCUGGCUGCAACCAGAAUCGCGUCUGGAUCCCAAUAAAUGUGAGCUGAACACGAUCACGGAGCCGCUGCGGUACGGUUGGCCCUCCCAGGUGACGGUCACCAUUCGGGACCAGUACGGCGAUGCGGUUCUGGUGCCGGAGCUCAAGGUGGAGAUCAAGGCGAUACCCACGGGAUCGGGUCCGAAUGGCGGACCAGGAACGGGAACGGGAGUGGGAACGGGAACUGGAGCAUCUGGAGCUGCGACAACUGCCGGAGUAUCGGCACCCGGCCCGAAUUUAUGGAUGCGCCGUGCCUCUGGAGAUACCUGGGGAUGGGGUGGAAUGGCGCCACCACCGCGCCUCAAUUACGAGCCCACCUCCAAGGAGAAGAUGGUCUUCAAGGCCAUCACGUUCAUGAAGCCCUUCACCAACUACUCGUUCGAGGAGCUGCGCUACGCGAGUCCCGUGCAAACGCGCGUCACCGAACUCCUGAACGCCAAGGACAUGGAGGAUGGCACCUUCAGUGUCCAGUGGACGCCCAGUUCGGUGGGCGCCUACUGCCUGGCGGUGACCAUCGAUGGGAUCCCGCUGGAGGAGGUCUACCGCGUCGACGUCAAGGAGGGCAUCCUGCCGCCUCCAACCCAAAGGAGCAACGCCCAGCGGAGGCCGCAGGCGCCCAGCAAACUGCGACGCUUUCAGGCUCGUCACAGUGCAGGUCUGAGGAUUCGAUCGCAUCCAACGCUGCAGUCGGAACAGGUGGGCGUGGUCCGAGUGGGCGGCGUUAUCUCAUUUAUCGACGAAAUCGAAAAUGACGACGGCGUCUGGCUGAGAUUAUCGACGGAAUCGAUAAGGCAGCACUGCACGAUGGGUUGGUAUCCCACGGAGGCGUGGUGUCUGCAGUUCAACCAGCACCUGGCCAGGAUGCUCCUCCAACCGGUGACCGACAAGGAGGUGAAUCCCUCCUCCCGAAAAGGGGAAGUUCCCACGGAAGAGGAGGAGGAACCGCCGCCAAUUAGUCCGCUGGCCAGUGGCGAAGCCAGUCCCGAUCCGGAACCGGAACCCAGCCCGGUUCUCAGUCCGGCGAAGAGCAAGCAUGGUCGCUUCCUGGCCGGCCAUCAGUCCACCAAUCCGUUUCUCUAUCCCACCAAACAUGUGGAUCUCGCAGAGCGCGAAGCUCACGCGCAAGAGGAGCGGGAGAAGGCGGCGGCGCAGGAGGAGGAGGAGGAGGAGGAGGAUGGGGAGGAGGAGCCAGCUGGCGGGGAUGCCGAUCAGCGGGAGCAGCCGGAACAGGAGGCUCUGCCCGCCGUGGAGCUCCUGCCCGCCCACAUAGGUUCCGCCAUUGCGGGCGUUGUGGGUGGUGGAGCCAUCAAGUUGCAGGCGCUGCAAAAGUGGUUCAAAGGGGAUGCCGUCGAGGGAUCCCAACCACUUACUCCCUCCCAUUCGCCUCCACUGGCUGGAGUUUCGGUUAGGGAACUAGUGAGAGCCAUGGGCUGCCAGGAUUCGCCACGCGGCAAUGGCAAUCGCAGCCAGGAUCGAGCGGAGGAACCCGAGUUCAGUUUGGCCAGCAUGAGGAGACCCAAUUACUCCGCCAGUCAAACGGCGGCUCUUCUCUCGACCCCCAAGCACACGCCCAAAAGAAGUGCUGUCCUGCCAGCGGAAACGAGUGGCUUGGAGGAUGACCUGAGUCUGCUGCAGAUCACCACCACGACGACGAACCAGGGAGAGCAGCAGAGCGAGCUCCAGCUGGCCACCACUUCAUCAUCUUCCGCUUCGAAACGCAACACCAUGGGUCCGAUCAAGCGGGCAAUGCCACCUUCCUUCGCGGAAAGCAUUCGAGCUGUAUUUGCGGCACUCCUCUGGCACGAAGGAGUCGUCCAUGAUGCGAUGGCCUGUGCCAGUUUCCUCAAGUUCCAUCCCGGAUUGCCGAAGGAGGGGGCCACUGUGGUGACGAGGAGAGGGGAAUCUGGAGAUCCAAGGGUUCAACUGUCGCGGGAGCAGAAGGCACAGCAACGACAUUCCGUGGAGGUGGCCAAUGCUGGGAAUUACCUGAACAUCCGGCCAUCCACGCUGGAAACGCUCACCAAGAGCGGCAAUUGCUCGCUCCACAAUCGCAGCAAGUAUCGCAAGAAUCUGCUGAGUGGCGGAGGAGGAGUGCUCAAUUCUGGCGAGGAUCCGAAUCAAAAGCUGCAGGCUCUGCCGGAAAUGGUGAGCGUGCUGCCGCCGGCUCUGCGGUGUCUCGUCUACUUGUGGGAGCAAAUCUGCUCCGGUUGCGUGCAGAUUGUCCAAUCGAAUGCGCUGGAGCAGAGGGAACCGCGAUUGCUGUCCCCAGGGAGUCGGGAUCUCAACGGAGAUGCCGAUGCCGAGGGCAAGGAUGCCAAGUGCUCCGAUCAGGGAUCGGGAUCCGGGGAGAAGGACCUUGGGAGGAAGUGCAAGCGCAAGAAGAAGGACGACGGCAGCUGGUGUGAGAUCUGUGAGCUGUUCCUCCCGAUGCCCGUCACCUACCACAUGAGGAUCGCCCAUCCGGGAUGCGGGAAAUCCGCCAAGGGCAAGGGCUACAACUCGGUGGGCAUCUUCUGCGAGGGAUGGGCGGGCAACUGCGGUGAGGGAGGGAAGGGCGCCUCCUCCUGGUUCCUCAUGUGCGAUCCCUGCCGUGAUCGGUAUCUCGCCUCCUGCCGCAGCGCCAACAACAUCAACAGCACCGCCCGCCAACUGGAAUCCAGUGCCGCCGAAGGCAACGAACUGAACCUUUUUGGGGUGAAGUCCACCACGCUGAUAGCCAAUGCGGAGGUGUACACCACGAUGCGCGAGAACGCCACCUUCCUGCUGGAGCUCUGUUCCAGUUCGAGCUCCGCAUCCGGAGCAGCGGGCGGACUAUCGGCGGCGGUCGGCAGCUCGAAUCCGAAGAGGUCGCCGCAGCAGAUGUCCGUGGUGGCCAUGCCCGUGGUGAUCGAGCACCAGCUGGGCAACUCCGAUCUCAAGCCGAGCACCAGUCGCUGCAGCCGAAUGGCCCGCCUGAGUGGCUCCAAGUUCUGUCCGGGAGUGGGAAGUGGAGCGUUCCGCAAGAGCUUCGUGGGCGGACCCCCAACGGCGCCGGAGAACGUUUGGCUGGCGCCGGAGAGCUUCGCUUGCUUGGAGUGCUUGGGAACCGCCGGUCACGAGGAUCUGCCCUACGAAAUGCUGGGACUGGGUCCCAAUUCGAAUGACAAUGGAUACGACAGGCCCCUUUCGGAGAUCUCCUACGAGUCCUGCGAGCCGAACAACUACGAGCUGCUCUCCGGUUCGAUGGCCCCAGGAUCCACAGCCGCUGGCGGAGGACCGGGAUCGGUGGGCGGCGGCAACCUCUCGAAGUUCCAUCGCAGCUACUCGAUGGGCCAGGGCUGGGCAUCGCUGGCGCAGCACAACCACCCGCUGCAGCAGCAGCACCACCCGCUGCAGCAGCAGCAGCAGCAGCACAACCACCCGCAGCAGCAGCAGAUGCACCUGCAACUGCAGCACCACCAGCAGCAGCCGCUGGAUGCGGGUCAACCGAAGGUGGUCUACCGACGAAGGAACAACUCGACGAGCGAGGGCGACGGCUCCCUGCUCAUCUGCUAUCCAUCGGAGCACCUGCGUCGCCUGGUGCCGCACAAGCUGUUGGCCAGCGUCUCUGUGAUGCAAUCGGGCGGCGGUGAGGGAACCAGCAAGGAUCACUCAUCGGGAGCGUUGCGAAUGGAUCAGUCGGCGGGUCAGAGUGGAGGAGGUAGUCUCCUGCUCGCUCGUCCUGCCAUGGCCUUCAUCACCCAGAAACACGAACUGGAUCGAUUGAGAGCGGCGAUGAGGAGGAGCUUGAGGAUCGCCGCCUGCAGGAUUUAUGCCUUGCAGGCGCUCAAUUGGCUGCUGAGGAGCGUCACCCAGGGCGUUUGUCUGCACGACCUGAUGUGGUGGUUCGUCAGCUCACUGACCGCCAGUGGAGCAGGGCAUCCGCAUGAGGGACGGACCACCGAGGAGGUAAUGGAACCGGCACUGGAGCACCCGGUGGCCUACACCCAAAUCAGUGGCCGGUUCGCCCACCUCAUCACGCAAUCCCUGCACGUUCUCCUGCAAUCGGUGGCCGAUCUCACGCUCCAUCUGCCACUGGGAUCCCCGUUGCAGCGGGUGGCGAUCCAGUGCUUCGGUAUAAGGUUCCGCCAGGCGGACCACCAGUUCCUCCACAGUUCGCACGUCUUUGGGAACAUCUCGAAGAUCCUGUCCAAGUCGGACGAGCAGAACGAUGCGAUGGCCGUGUCGACGAUGCUGAAGCCGGACUGCGAUGCCGAGCACAACCAGGUGCAGCCAGUUGCCACGGGAGGAUCGGGAGCGGGAGCGGGAGCGGGAGCUCGGCUCCUCUGCUACGCCGAUCUGGCCGGGAUGUUCGAGGUCACCGUUUCAUCGCGUCCAGCGAUGGCCGAAUCCCUCACGGACAACUCAACGGAAACGUUUUGGGAGAGCGACGAGGAGGAUCGCAACAAGUGCAAGAUCAUCGAGUUGUCGCUCACCAAGUUGAACUACGCCUGCCGCUAUCUUCUGGUUCACAUCGACAACAGUCGAGACAUUCAGAACAAGGUGCUCAACGUGGUGUUCUAUGCCGGUCAGUCGCUGGGCGACACGAACGUGAUCAAGUCGGCGGACGUGGACCCGAAGGCCUGCUCCUGGAUCUCGGCGAAGAUCGGCGACGACAGCUGCACGCACUUCCGCCUGGAGCUGCAUGGUCCGGAGAAUACGCUCCGCGUGCGCCAGAUCAAGUUAUUGGGACUGCCAAUCGGAGGAGGGUCGGUGGGUCAGGAGGAUCCCUUGGACCACAGGCAUCCGCCGCACUUGCGAUUGAGUCACGCGUCGCGGAUCCAACAGCAGAUUUGCGAAGCGGAAACACUGAGGGUUUUCCGCCUGAUCACGGGUCAGGUGUUUGGCAAGCUGAUCAGCAAUGUGAACGGGGAUUUGGUGCCACCGGAUUCGGCGGGCAUUGGACCGCCGAGCGGUGGAGCGGCGAGUACCUCCCUCCUUGCCGAUUCCCUCGAUCUCAGGGAGCACAUGGUGGGCAUUCUGUUCUCGAGGAGCAAACUAUCGCAUCUGCAGAAACAGGUGAUUGUGCACAUUGUCCAUGCGAUUCGCAAGGAGGCGCAGCGAGCGAAGGAGGAUUGGGAGUUGGCCAAUCUGGCGCAUGUGCUCAAACAGCCGCUGGAGCAGCAGCAAUCUCAGCCAACUCCGGCCUCCGCCAGCAGUGAAGGUUCCCCGGAAAGGAGUCGAGCUCCGGAUACCUACUGCUUCGAAAUGCUCAGCAUGGUUUUGGCUUUAUCCGGAAGUGUCGUCGGUCGUUCGUAUCUGUCGCAGCAACAUGGCUUGCUACGCGAUCUCCUGGGACUCCUGCACACCGGAAGCGAUCGAGUGCAGCGACAGGUGACCGCCCUGCUGCGCAGGAUUCUACCGGAAAUAUCACCCGAAAGCUUUGCCGAACUGUUGGGAGUACAGAGAUUACCACCGGCGGAUUAUAGCAUUGCUCAUCAAUCGGCCAGUGACUUCGAUAUGAGUCGCUUGGGUCUGCUGGAUAUUUUCCUGGCCGUGAUUGCCAAGUCCCUGCAGUUGCAGAUCAAGGUGAAGACCACGGCUGCCGCGGCGGGAGGAUCAUCUGGUUCGGGGGCUUCAUCGGCGGCGGGAAGUGGAGCUGCCUUGAAGGCGGGCCAGCUGGAGAAGACGCCCGCCUUCGUGAGACUCUGCAGCUCGUUGGAUCUGUCGGUGCAGCUGCUGAAGUCACGACCACCCACUGGGGAAUCGGGAUCCGCCGAUCCCUUCCAGUUCGAGGCGGUGCCGCCGAGGAAGGAGUCGAAGAGGAAUCUCAACCAGCGGUGGUUCCUCAACGGGGUGAUCUCCACCAAGCAGGCGGAGAGCAUUAUUGGCUUAAUCAGGGAUCUAGCAAGUGGCAAACUUAGUGAGAAGUGGUCGCAGAUCACCAAGGCAGCGAUUGCCGAGUCCGUUUUGAAUCUAACUCGGUUGGAGGAGAUCUACCGCUCGCCGGAGCACUGCACCAAAACCUCCACUUUGUGGCUGGCCUUGGCCAGCUUGUGUGUCCUGGACCGCGACCAUGUGGAGAAGCUCUCCUCCGGCCAGUGGUCCAAGUUGUGCGACACGCGUCCACUGUGCAGCAAUCACGAUGACGGCGAAACGGCGGCCAUCAUUCAGUGCGAAACCUGCGGUUCCCUUUGCGGCGAUUGCGAUAGGUUCUUGCAUCUGAAUCGGAAAACCAGAUCCCACAAGCGAACGGUUUGCAAGGAGGAGGAGGAGGCCAUUCGCGUGGAGCUUCACGAAUCCUGUGGCCGCACGAAACUCUUUUGGUUGCUUGCCCUCGCGGAUUCCAAGACCCUGAAGGCGAUGGUGGAGUUCCGCGAUGGCAGCCACACGAUCAUCUCGGGUCCGCAGGAGGCGGUGGGCAGAUGCCGCUUCUGCGGCCUCACCGGCAACUCUGGACUGCUGGAGAUUGGGAAUGUGUGUGCAGAUGCCCAGUGCCAGGAGUAUGCGGCCAAUUCGUGUCUAAAGACCAAGCCAUGUGGCCAUGCCUGUGGCGGCGUCACUGGCGAGAGGAAGUGCCUGCCCUGCCUGCAACACGUGUGCCACACAAGGGAGAACGAACUGGCAGAGGAGCUGAGGGAUCCCAAGCUCACCCAGGAUGCGGACGACAUGUGCAUGAUCUGCUUCGUGGAGGCACUGUCCUGUGCUCCCUCCAUACAUCUGGAGUGCGGGCAUGUGUUCCACUACCACUGCUGCAAGGCGGUGCUGGAGAAGCGCUGGAGCGGACCGCGCAUCACCUUCGGCUUCUCCCUGUGUCCCAUCUGCAAGGCGGACAUCCAGCAUCCCCUGCUGGCGGACAUCCUAGAGCCGAUCAACGGACUCAAGCAGGACGUCAAGCGCAAGGCGCUCAUGCGAAUCAAGUACGAGGGCGUGGUGAAGGACACCGAUAGCAAGGACGUGAACAUGACCCAGCUGGCGAUGGAUCGGUACGCGUACUACGUGUGCUUCAAGUGCCAGAAGGCCUACUACGGCGGCGAGGCGCGCUGCGAUGCGGAGAUCGGCGAGAAGUUCGAUCCGGAGGAGCUGGUCUGCGGCGGAUGUUCGGAUGUGGCGCGGGCACAGAUGUGUCCGAAGCACGGCACCGAUUUCCUGGAGUACAAGUGCCGCUACUGCUGCUCGGUGGCGGUGUUCUUCUGCUUCGGAACGACGCACUUCUGCGAUACCUGCCACGAUGACUUCCAGCGGUUGACCAACAUACCCAAGGUCAAGUUGCCACAGUGUCCAGCGGGACCGAAGGCCAAACAGCUGUUGGGCGACGAGUGUCCGCUGCACGUGAUGCAUCCGCCCACCGGCGAGGAAUUCGCCUUGGGAUGCGGAGUCUGCCGCAAUGCCCAGACAUUUUAGCCACGCAAGGAUCACGGAUCAAGGUCCAAUUACAAAAGGGACGCCCCUUCCGAAUCAGAAUCGGAUGAAGAUGACAAUGAUGAUGAUGAUGAUGAUGAGGAUCCGAAAGAGUGGUUGGGAACGUGGUCCCAAUCGAGUGACUGGCGGACAUAUUUGUAGAGAUUAAAAACAACCGAAAAAAAAAAACUAGACCCAGUACCCAAAACCAAAACCAAAAACCAAAAAACCCAUGGAAGGAUCAAACUUUCAUUCCUCUAGACACUAAUUCACACAUCGGAAUGGUUAAAUGGAAAACGGAUAGAUAUUUUCUAGGAUAGCUGAUAUUUGAACGAUGGAUAUUGGAUUACAGAUUAGCAAAUAGCAAAUAGCGUAAAGCAUAUAUUUCACACACCCAGGCAAUAUUAUUUUGUAACACUCGAAAAUGAAUCUCCCAUUUCAAAGAUCAAGAAAAAAAAAACACUCACUAUUUAUUUAAUGUACAAUUCGGAGUCGAGCGAGCGAGUGCGAGCGAGAGAGAAAAAGAGGGAGAGGGAGGGAGAGAGAGAAGAUUCGAGUGCGGGAGAGAGAGCGCGAGAAGUGUGUACAUAAUCCUCCUGCUCCCUGACCUCUAGCCUCCGACCACCAUGACCUCCUCCUGCCAUUCUCCUGCACCUCCUCCUCUUCCUCCUUCUCCUCCACCUCCUCCUCCACCUCCUCACCCUCACUCCAACAAAGGCACAUUAUGCUACAUUUAUAUAUACUGCAAAUAACUAAAUUAUAUAUAUUUAUUAUGAAUGCGACGAGCGGAAGGAUGCAAUAAAAAUCAACUCUGAAUGUA